AUGCCCCAGUCCUGGUCGAUUAGUAAGUCCAACAGAGCUUUGUCCACUAAUGAAGGAGCUGAAGAGGAAGAGACAAAGGGGAUGACCCGGGGGUGGCUUUUGCUAAUCGCUUCGGCUGCUGCCAGCCAGCGCGGCCACUACAUCGUGGACUACCAGCGCCUCCCGCUGUACCAGGAGUUUUACCUGAGCCCAGGAGUGUACCGGCCUCUGUUCACGGGGAGGCAGGACGCGGUGGUCCAAUCUAGAGCGGUGGCGGACAGCAAGGAGGAGCAGCAGCCGGGACCCCCAGUGGCGCAGGCCCUGCAGCAGCAGGUCUCGGGAGAGAGCCACGAAGCUCACGUGGUCGAAGCAGCCCCGGCCGCCGAGGUCCAGGAGCAGCAGGCUGUCCAAGAGCAGCAGCAGCAGGUGGUCCAGGCCCAGCAGCAGCAGGCGGUGAGGGACGAGCAGCACAUACCGCAGCAGCAGGCCGUCCACUCUCUUCCCGUCCUACAGUACUCCAACUCCAUGACUCCUGACGGCAGUUACAGUUACAAGUGGGUAUAA